GAAAGCGACGCAGCCGCGCCAGGGCCGGGCCGAGCAUGGCGGGUCCCGCUGCCGGGCCGCAGCCGCCGCACGCCGCUUUCUUCGGGGCCGUGGCGCGGGGCAAUCCCGUGGUGGACAGCUUCGAGACCGAGCUGCGCCGCGCCCUGGGCUCCCUGCGGCGGCUGCGAGGCGCGGGGGAGACCAAGCCGUCGCAGCACGACCUGCAUCGCCAAGGGGCAAAUACUUUGUUUAAUAUUUGGAUCCAAUAUAAGCCACGACUACCGGAGUGGUAUUACAAUGAACAACUUGUGAAAGUUGGUGAUGCCCUUGUUGAGAUCAAAGAAUAUGAAUUGGCACUUCUACAGUGCUAUGAAAGAUACCUUCAUCAGUUCGUGUCUGGAAACCUUGAUGAUGUCAUGGGCGAUGUGCAUCUCUUUAAGUCCACCUUUUUUCCAAAUGGUUUCAGAGACAAAAAUGUAUCACGUACGUUCCAUGUUUUGGAAGCAAGAAAUAUUUGCAUUUAUCAGAUUGUUUUCAGCACUGACAGAAAUCUUCAGAAUCCAGAGUCUCUUCAGACUUGCCUSAAUGUCUUGACCUCAUUCCAACUCAUUAUGCAAGAGGCUCUACCUCAGGAGAAUUUGUGUUGGCUUAUCUACAAUGGUACUAUCCAUAUUUACACCAUAUGCAGACAAUUGAUGAUGAGGGGUCAGUCUGCUAAGGUCCUGGAAUACAUACUGUGGGCCAGUGUAUGCAUGGAAUCAUCCAUUCCACUCUUAUCUGUACAUUAUUUGACAUGGAGAGCCACCCUGUAUACAGCAGUUUCUCAGUGUUAUUUUGAUUGUCAAGCCGGCAUUCAUGGAGAGAUAUUUGCUCGCCGUGGUUUGAUUAAAAUUGAUGAAUUGAAGCAAUUAGAAAAUCCUAGUUCUUUGGAAAAUAYGGAGACACAAAAGAUUUUUAGAGAGGCCAUUCUGAAGAUGUCAGUAAUGAUUUUCAAAAGAGCAGUAUAUGAAUCCAGAAGAAAGUCGAAACUCCCUGGGCGUGAGACAAAAGUUAACCCAAAAGUUAACCCAAGAAGAACAGUAACUUUGUCAUGGCCUCGCAACRUUACGGAGCGGCUGCUGGUGGAAAUGUUUGACAGUGCUGCUGCUCAGUUCCUUGCCAUCCUGGAAGCACUGGCUGAUAGCAACAGGAAUCUAUUGCCCCCUCAUCCACCUGCUCCUGAUGAAACUGAAAUUCGUGAUGUCAUUUCUGAGCUUUUUUCUGCAGGCCUAGAAAUCCUUUCAGGUCAAGAGAGCAGUUGCACCAAUGAUUUUGGUAUAAUUAAUCCAUCAUCUACUCUUCUGCAGUUGAUGCUAACAGGAGAAAAAGGGGUGUCUGGAGAUGCUGCUGUGAAAUUUGUAAAAUUAGCUUUCAGCUAUGAAGAGUGGGACGUGUUUGAUUCUGCUCUUGAAUUUGUUGUCAAUUUYCUUCAGGCUCAAGAUGACCCAGCAUGGAAAAAAGCUGAAAYAGAACUCAAACUUCUUACAUUGAUGCAACCUUUAGUAUUCCCAGGAAAAUUUGAACGCAAUUUUUCCGUUAAUGAUGAUAAUAACAAAGGAGCCACUUCUCAAGAAUUCAUAAAGAAUGGAGAUCCUUUUUAUGAUCUUACAAUUUUGGCCACAACAGUGUUUUCCUGUGUCUCCACGUCUGAGCAGAAUGUCCAUCCUGACAGAGAAAUACUUGUCGGUGUGGURAUGUGUUUGUGGCAGAAGUGUAAAACAGAGCUUCAGCAAAUCCAAACGAGUGGAAGUGACUACUUAGAAUAUAUGCACAAACACAAAGCUUACCAAUUGGUUCAUAUACUCUGGCUAAUAAYUGAAAUAAUUGAGAAGAGCAACAUAACAGACAUUAAUCUAAUGUUUGCAGAGAUUACCUUAUGUCUWACUGCAAUACUGGAAAAUGUAGCUGAUUCUACAACUGAAUCUAAGGAAAAAGAAGGAGGAAGUGCCUCUCUUUUGCAAGAUGAAACCUGUGAUAUGCCUGAAAUACUGAUGAAAACUCCUAUGGAACAAUUACAACUUGCUUAUGAAAUUCUUGAAAAAGCAAUUAAUUACAUGAAYACAUCUCAGUUAAUGACCCUUUUGCCAGAUGGAAAGUUGAUAUUUGACAACUGUUGCACGAAGAUGGACUCAAAUGAUCAGUAUUUGAAUUCUAUUUUGGGAUGUGGUGAUGAUAAAACAGGAACAGAUAAUGGUUUCUUAGCAGAUUURCACUUGGAAUUCAUUCAGGCCCAACAUCGAGUAGCUGUGAAACUKCUUAAAAUUACACAAGGUGCUCAAGCUGUUAACAGAAGUCUGAAGUCUAGUAAGUCUUAUGUGASUAACAGUGAAGAUUUCCAAUAUUUAACAGAGRCACUUAUAAUGGAAAAAAUAAAAAGGAAUAAGUUAUCCAGAGCAAUMUUUUUGCUGCACAAAGCUGCACAGAAGUUCCCUGAAGGGUUAACUACUGCUUCCCAAAGGCAGCUACUGGAGGAAGCACUAACUUUAACUGAGCAAGUUGAAGCUGAACAAAGUGCGCUAUAUCGCAGUUUCAAAGAAGCUGUGAGCAGCAAGAAGAAAAGCAGGACUCCUCCUCCUCCUCUGUUACUUUCUAGAUCACAUUGCUCCAUGACAUUUAAACCAGCCCCAUUUGAUUCAGAUAUUCAGGUUUCAUGGUACAGUAUUUUGGGCUGUGUGGCAGGAGGAAAUAAUACAAAAGUAAGGUUAAAUAGCAAUAAACUUCAAAAUUCAGGAGAACAGAUASCAGCAGAUGGGAAAACCCUCUUAAGUGUACAAGGCUUAGAUGUCAAUGAGAAAUACGUAUUUGCCGUCGCAGCAUAUUCUUCAGAUGGAAAACUUAUUGGUGAUGCCAUUGGGCAACAGACAAAGCCAAUCCUUGCCUAUCCACCCCUUUCUGCUACUGCUGUUCGAGCAUAUCUAACUCAGGUAGCCUGGCUGACUGGCAACUUUAGAUUAGCCAGAGAAGCAUUUUCACCAAUGUGGGAUUACUUUGUUUCAGAUUCUUCUGAACUACCUCCCAAUGCAGCUGUUAUUUCUGCAAGUAGUAAUUUCACUAUAACUGAAAAAAGGUUACGUUUUGAAGCUGUAUCUCGGACUUCUCCUAUCACCUUGCACCUCUUUUUGAGGGCUAUAUUUGCUGUCUCUGACAUUAAUGUCAUYGAAGGAGCACUCUUCUGUGAUUCCAUCUGCUCCAAUGAGAUAUUUUAUAAAAACCAAGUUGCUAGAUUAGCAGAAUGUGAAAGAAUGGCUGUGGCAAUUGAACUUAGCAACUGGUUGAAYGAUGCAAGUUACUCCCUGCAGUCUGUUGUACAAUUGUAUGGCCUCCUCGCUCCACUUAUUUUUCACAAGAUUUUUUCAGUGCCAGUAGUUCAGAUCCUCAUUAAAUGCUUGGCUGUCCUCCAAGAAGUCCCAAGUGCUAUUUUGCAAAGGACACAGGAAGGAUGUUACGAGAGUAUUCAGCAUAUGAUAGCUUGUACUUCAUUUCAUACAGCAAAGGUACUGCAUUCAUGGAAAGAGUAUGAACUUGCAGUAAUUAUCAUUAACUAUGGGAAAAAAUUGUUGGACUCACCAGCAGUUUCACCCAGCCUSUCAGUAGAUCAGAAAACUGAAGAAACACACUCUGGCAAAGAGACCCGUUCCACAAGGACAUCCCAUUUAGCUGCAAGGGCAAAAGCAACAGAAAAUCUGAGUACUCUUGAAUCAAGUCUCCUCAAACUGACAGAACCAGGUCCUGGAUCACAGCUUACAGGACUGGACAAUCCUGUGCUACUCUACCCUGUAAUUUUAUGUUGGACAUCAGAACGUGCUUAUCAAGAAGUKCUUAAAUUCCGAGGGCAAUCACGUUUCCUUGAGUUCUUUGUUCUACUUCUGCAAAAAGUCCUGAAUGAAGAGAAGUUUCAGUCURUUCUGGAGUGGACAGACAGUGUGCGAUUGUUCUUGAAAAGGAGGAAUGAGAGCUUCUUCGGUGCUGAGGGAAUUUCAAUGCAAGCAAAAUCUUUCAUUCAGAAUAAAAGGGAUACCUCAGCUUCAAAAAAAUCAAAGCCAUCAACUCCAAAGAAAGGAACAAAAAAAGCCUUGCCUAAAAAAGGACCUCUUAGAGAAUAUUUUUUGAAAAAUCCGGAUGUAAGGACUUCUAUAGAAGCACAAAGGAAAGUCAAGGAGAAGUUGAAAAAAUUAGCUAAUCAAACCUUAGUAAAACUGCUGAGUAAAUAYGUAACCCGAAGUAAGUUUUGUCACAUGUGUCUUGAAGAGAUGCCCUGGAGGUCUCAGAUGAAUAUCUAUCUGGCAGCAGCACACUACCACUUAUUUAAAAAGAACCUGAAAGAGCAAUAUAAUAUUGGAAUUAAUGGGUCACAGCAUCUGGACAGKUAUAAUAUUUUGGAUCCUGAGAUAUUCUCAUUAAACAAUUCUGGCACUGUAGUGGCGAGAGAAUCUGUAGAGGAUGACAUAAGAAAACCACCUCCUCUUCUCCUUGAAAAGGCAGAAAUGACUGAAAACCAAGCCUUUACAGAUAAAUCUCCUAAGAACAAGAUGAAAAGAAGUCAAUCUCCUGGACACGACCAGACUGCAUCAAAUUCAGUUUUAUUGAAGCAUUUUACAAGCAUCUUCGUGAAUUUAAAAAGAGCAGUGGUCCUUGCUUACCGUGGUGGCCACUGGACAUUGCUUCAAAAUGCMUGUCGAGAACUUUGGAACUAUACUCAAGAAUUCCAAUUGAUUGCUAACCGUUCACAUUCCCAUAUGCGUGGAUUUCCCAUCACCUGGAAUUUUCUUAGGAACACCAUCUGGUUGCCAUUUUAUUUUKCAUCAGACAUGAUUAUUGAUAUGAUAAUCGACCUACAAGCAAGCAGUUCUCUUAAGAUUGUGAAUCCCGAAGGAGACUUUUGCAUUCCCAGUUGUUUAGGAGGUAUUGUSGAUGAAAAUGGUGGUUCAAAUCUUMAUCCCCAGCCUCCCCUGGAUGAUGUGAAUGUGGUUGACAUGAAAUGGAUAUGUAGUCUGAUCCUUAAAACAAUAGAAUUGUUGUAUCAAAUGAAGAAGUGGGAAGCACUGGUACACAUAGCUGUACAAUUUAACAUAUUCACACAUGAGAGGUACACAGAACAAGUGAGUCCAUUGCUGAUCUAUUCUCAGAGGCAGCUGCUGGAAAGGAUUGAGCAAUUCGGUGGCCCAGACAGAGAAGAAUCUAAUCUCGCAAAAUAUCUGUCUGAUGAUGCACAUAAGAUGAGUUGCAGAAACUACAUAGGGUACAAAUUACAGCUGCCCAUUGCCCAUUCUGCCAGUGAAGAUACUUUUCCUGGAUGGUUUUCCAAUCCUGAAACAAAUAAUGAUUCUACAGAUCAGAAUCAAGCAAAAGCCUUAGUUGGUGUGCCUUUUGAUGUGAAUGAUGCACUGAAAUGUUUCAGAGAAACUCUAGAAAAAUCUAAAUAUCACAGCAGAGCACUGAGACACAGCAGAAAAUUACUGUCAUUAUUUCUUGCACACACACAAGAAAAGGCUGGAAGAGUAAUCAGCAGUCAGAGGUCUUCAAACAGAAGGCUGAAAUUUAACAUGGGAGGUGAACUGAUAUUUCUACCAACACCGUCUGACCUUUCUCAAGAAAAAUAUAAUUUGUCCAGUAUGGUUGAGAGUAGACCAAUAUCAAAGUCACAGCUUUCAGUAAUUAUCUCUUCCUAUGAACAAACAAUAGGAAUCCUUGAAAAGAGCAACCAGAGAGACCUCAAGGUACAGGCUCUGCAUGAACUUGGAAAUAUUCACUUCUAUGCUGGAAACAAAAGAGCUGCUUUUAAAUGUUGGUGUCAAGCCCUUGAUGAAACACUCAACAUUGCUGAUGCCCUUAACACCUGGCAAGAGUUAGGUUUUCCAAAAGAUGCUACAGACUGCUUUGCAGUUGGAAGCUCAACUGAUAUGAGUCAGAAAUUUCUUUCUCAGGCUGGAGUUUGKGGAUGUUUACAUGCAGCAGUCUUAGUGGCUAAGAUAGCUCAGUAUAUAACAACAUCACAGAUAAAAUUAAGAACAAAAUACUGCUAUUUUUCUGCUAUACUUUUUAAGACCCUGUUUAGAUCAUCUCUUCCACAUCCGACAUCUGACUAUGAUUUUGUACAAUAUGAAAUAAAUUUUCUCAUUCCUGGUAUUGACCUGUUCUCUGAUCGCUACAGAGCUGAUAUCUCUACUGUAGUUGCAAGUCUGUAUUUCAUUAUGUUUGAACUACAUUGUGCAAAACAAAAUUUAAUAAUUUUGCCACUCUUUACUUUAUACCAAUAUAUUGUAUCUGAGAUUUGUAAGGACCCAAUUAAAUGUAUUGAAGGAAGAAUUUUAAAGAUUAAAGUACUUACAGAUAUAGGAUUUUUUACGGAGGCCUUUCAUGAACUGUCUUUGCUUAUCUGGGGAGAGAAAAUUCCAUGGAAAAUACCAGCAGGAUACAGAUGUACUGAACAAAUACAGGCCUUGCAGAAAUUUGACUCCUCAAAAUCUCUUCUGACUGUUACAAAUUUGCAGGUACUGGAAGACCUAUUUAAUUGGAGUCUGUCUUUAACAAUGGUGCCACUGURCAGCCAACAAAUUAUGAAUAAAUUAACCUUAGCCAAAAUGCAUCUCAUCAUUUGUCUUUCUGCCACAAUAAAUAAUAUACCUGAAAAAGUUGAAAAAAGUGUAUAUUUUGUCGAUAACAACACCAUUACAGAGCCAAACGGAAGUCUAUUGUUGAAUGCAAAAGUUGAUGCUGAUCAGGAAUCAGGACAACAAAAAGACACAAUGGUGCAUCUCAGUGACUGUAAAGAUGAAUUGAAUAUGGCCAUGCUGAAGGGGAUUUUAUUGACAGAGGCUGAAGAAAGUCUUAGCCAUCUUGUACAGAGCAUACAGGAGAAAUAUGAUGGGGACAUUUCUCGGUAUUCUGCAGAAGAUUUAGAGGCUCUUAUUGAGGCCAAACUUGAGCUUGCUUCUAUUUCCCACCAAAGGCAUCAAGCAGCUCUCAGUGUUGCUUUCGCUUUCUCUGCAAUUCGACUUCUCCAAGAUGCAAAAGUUUUUAGAAUGGAAGUGGCRCAUUUUCAAGAAGAAAAAGAUGAAAGGGAGUAUUUGGACUCCAACACUGAAGAUGCCCAACUGCCUGCCAGUGUAAUAGCACAAGAGCACAUGAAUGUACGUUUGUGGCUGAGGUGUCAAACAGUGUUAGUGACUGCGCUCGUCACACAGAUACGUGGUGUUUGUGAUAUCAAAGGAAAUGAUGUGGCUGAGCGCAGAAGUGUGAUAAAAGAAGUAACAACAGAGGCAGAAGCCUUUGGUGAUAUUGAGACUCAGGCUGAAAUGAUGGUGCAAACGGCUAUUCUUGACCUGCAAGAAAAACGUCCCGUGGCAGACAUUAAACUUCUUUUGCAGAAUAUCAUCCGUUUACUCCAAGAGGAUCCAUUCAUUUCCCUGCCAGCCUCUUUGACUCUUGUGAAAAGUAUGCUCCUGCUGGCAGACAUACUGCCACUGCGAAUAGCAGAGGAUAAAGAACAUUGCUCUUCUGCAGUGGAACCAUUAAACUUGCUUGGUUUGGCACACAAACUUACCAUUAAAGCAAUUUUUGUUUGUGGUGAACCCAUUGAACAGCAAAUAGAAGACAGUACAUUGACUUGCCUGGUCUUGCCUACAAAAAAUAUCUACCUGCCACAGAUUAACUUGCUAGCUCAAGUCAAAAUGAAAAUUGGAUGUACAUUGACUGAAAACAUAGCUUGUACAGAUGCAGGAGGAGAUUACUUGCAAUGGCUAAAUGCUCUCAGGCAUUUAGAAUCAGCAUUGCAACUUUGCAGAGCARCUGCAACAAAAAAAUUAGAUAUAGAAGCUGAACUUCUUUUUCAGAUAGGUAAGGUAGGAYGCCAGAUAACUGAGACAGGCAAUAACAAGUCUUCUCAAGCUGUUGAAACUCUGUUGGAAGCUAUCAAGCUCAGCCAGCAACAUGAUCAAAAAUAUGAGUUAAUACGACGAUCAUACCUUGAAAUAGCAUUAUUAUAUUUGUAUUUUGCCACAAAUAAUGAGGAUGUAUCACAGACAGAUAAGUCGGUGCCUUCCAAAUUAAGUACCUCUUCUGAAGAACCCUUUUCUGAAGAGGCUGUGAAAUCAGACAUCUACAAAGUACAAGCCUGGAUUGCAAUAAGAGCAGCUACACAGGUCAGUGAAGCUGUGCUUGCUUCUCAGCUAUUAAUUGGAAUGAAGAGUGUUAAAGAACAGAACAUUAACGAUGAAGUGCGACAGAAAAUCCCAAAAUUUGCUUCUAUGGAUCUUUAUUCUUCAUACAGAGAUUUCAUAUCUGGUGGAUACAAUGUGGUCUCUGAAAGUCCUGAAGCAUCUUUUACCGAAGACAAGCAAAUCAUAGAAGACAAGCAGGGUGAAAGUGAAGGAACRGAAAAUCUUGCCUCCAAGGCAAGCCAGAAGAAAGAUACAAUAACAUGGGUGCACAUAAUUCGCUACCACAAUUAUUUAAAAAGAAUUUAUAACACAAACCUAUUUGGACCUGGAUCACUUUCUGCAAGAGAUGGACACCUUAGUUUGGUUUCUGACACAGGAAUUGUUCUACGCAUUGCAGAAAUGCAUUCUUUUCUGGAAAAGAAUUUGCUUGAAUAUUCAAUGUGUUGUCUUGAGGAUUUUCCAAAAGAACUACAUGAUGWACAAAUGCCACUCAGUAGUCCAGCUGGUUCUUCAGAGGUGUCUCUUGAAGUUAGUGAAAUUGGAUCAGAAGUGUCACAUGUGAGAACAGCUUCUCCAGUUUCUGUCACUGCAGAAGAAGACGGGCAGACAGAGAGUAGGGCAGCAAGUGCUUCAAAUAAGGAAAUUAACAUUCAGUGGUAUAUUCCUUCUGUGGCAAAGCCAUCAAAUGAUACAGAAACGAAGGUUUUGUUGCUUUAUGCUUAUAAUACGAGCCCUGUCAAGAUUAGCAACAUCAAGAUUUUCAGUUCAACGUCUGUGUUUUCAGGCCACUUGUGGAUUCCGUUGGCUAGAAUUAUUUCUUUAAGGAAGAAAUUGUCUGAUCUGAAGGAGCAAGUUGAAAUAUUGAUGCAAGGUUCUAAAAGUUCAGUACCUACAAGUUUUCUUGAACAAAGUGAAACUUUGAAAAUAAGUCCUUCAAAUAAGCCCAAAAUGAGUGAUGCGAAAGUACAUCUUGAUGAAAAAACAAAAGAAAUUGCUAUAAGGUGUUUAUCUGAAGUCAAAGCACUGCUGACUGUUGUUCCAGCCCUGUCCUCACCAUUAACUGAGAUUCCAUUUGAUGUUACUUUUCAAUCAAUAACAAAUUUGGAAGAUAUGUUUGAUCUUGCCAAUGGAUGUACAAUAACUGAAGGAAGCCUUUUCAAUUGGAUCAUUUCUCUGCUUCACUAAACAUUAUUUUGCAAUAAUUUACAGUUAUUAGCUAAAUGUUACAGACUUWGACUUAAGUUCUAGUAUUAAUGUAACAACUUCAUUAAUCACACCAUGAUUUGGCUCUGGUUAUGUUUUAUAAUUUUCCCUUUUAGCUUAUUUAUAAUUAUUUGAACACUAAUMGUUUUCAAAUUAAAGUAAUUUUUUAGGAAUUAGUUAUUUUAUAAAUAGUUUCUUAAUAAGAGAGUUUUCUAGCUUUUCAAUGAUUUUUUUUAUUGUUUAGGAAAGCUGAAUAGGUUGUAGCCUUCUAGCACCUGCUAAUAGAUACUCCUUUUCCCCUUGAGUUUUAUUUUCAUCAGCAUUUUUUAAAUUGCUUUUGCAGUUGACAAAAGUUGGUAUUAUUUCUGAAGCUGAGAAUUUUUGGGGGCCUAAAAUCAUCACUGAGUUUUUUCUUUUAUACAUCUAUUUGAAAAUUAGCAUUUUAAGUUGUUUAGGGUGCAAAUGAUCAUUCACAUGUCUUUAUCAUUUCAAAGCAUUUUUUUAAAAACAAAACCAAACCCUGACAACAAAUAAACAACUCUCCUCCCCAAUAAGGCAGUACAAAGGUACAGUAAAAAACAUUUUUUAUAUCAUUCUAAAAAGCUAAGGGAACCUCUCUGAAUGUUGCUGUAAAUACAGAUUUAAGGUGUUUAAGAAACACAAAUGACUCCUAACAACAGUCACCCAUGGCAAUAUGCUUGUCCAGUGAUUGAGAUGGAGCAUUUGACAUGAACAAGUGAGUUAGUAGACCAGAGAGGGGUCAUAGCCCUUUGGUUUUGCUCAUAUCCCAAGGCCAGGCACUCCUUUGCUAGACUUGUCCUAUCACUAGUUAUGUUUUUGUGUUGCUGUGAAAAUUCAGCAUUAAUGGUUACCAUUCCUGGAUAYGUCUCCUGUGAAAAAUGCCAGUCCCUUUCACUUUAGUCAGGCAUUCCCUCUACUGUAGUCCAGUCAUAAAAGAAUAAAUUGUUUUCAGCUMUUUGGAAAUUGCAGAUUUACCUUGGCUUGUGCUUUUCAGAAAAAUGUUACCUGUUUGAGUGAAGUUUCUUCUAGGGAUGAAGAGGGAGGAGAUGUAAGAUUCAGCAUAAUCAGUAUCUUASAUGUGACCAGUACAGGAAGAAAAGGAGUAAAGUCUUCUCCUACUUUGCUUCAUUCUUUAACUGAAAGAAGACUGGAUGUAUUUGUGUUAGGUGUAGCUGUUUAAAAGUUGUGCUAUUUUUUAUUUUGUUUACUUUUUCCUGGAAUGCUGUAGGUAGUAGGAAAACUAGGAUUGUGAUACAAUGAUAAAAAGAAAAGUGAGUAAUUGAUAGGCCAGUUAUUUUUACAAGACAAUUUAAAAAUGGAGUUAGUAUGAUUAUUUAACUCAACUGCCUAACAGCCACUUCAGAGGAGMUACUCCUUAGCAUUAUUCUUUCAUUUAAAGAAUUUAUUUUUCUGCAGUUGUUCAAAAAGCAGGAAAGAUAAAAAUUGACAUUUCUAAUUUUUCUUUUACAAGGAACAAGUAGGAAAUUGCAGAUUUUAAAAAAAUAAUACAGCUGUUCUGUCUUUUGUUAYGCUUUGUAAAAACAGUAAACAUUUCUUUUUCUGUUUGGGGUCACUCUGAGGAUUAUCAUAGGACUUUUAUAGAGUUUAAUUAAUAUUUGUAAAACAUGCUAUAACAUCAGGUGAAAAUGGAAGUGAAGUUCUAUCGCAGACAAGGUAUUUUUUCAGUGCUGCCUGUCUGGACCUUGUUAUAAUUCCUGUACUCAAAAGAGAAAUAUUAAAUAAAAGCCUUUACAUAUUCAUUUAAAAUUUAUUACUAUACUUUUCUUAUAAUACAUACUUUCUUUUUUUUUGAAAGAAAAAUAUUAUCCUUUAACACAGCACAGUGAAACAGUAAUAUUAAAACACUGACCUCCCUGUAUCCAUAGCAGCAGAUUUUAUUCUCAUAAACACAGGAUAAAGUAUUCAAUGCAGGUUUCAGAAGAAAACAUUGGAGAAAGCAUUUUUCUUUUGGCAUAUAAUUAAACUCUUUAGUUAAAAUCUGCAUGUAAGGAAGGAAGUUCAUAUCUAAUGUCUCCAGUAACAGAAAAAGUAUAACAUUAAUUGCAAAGUAAAUUGCUUCUUGAUUAUGUAUUACAGCAGUUGGGUGGGUUUUUUUUCCUUACCUGUGAAUGGAGACUAAAACUUUCAACAUAUGGAACCAGAAUAAAUUUGUGUCAGCAUCAUGCUGAAUUAGAUUUUCAUAGAA